UAUUAAAUUAGAAACGAGAAGAGUGGAGAGGAGGUAUGAGAUAAUGGCUCGCAGUAUAUCGUACAUAACGGGGUCGCAGCUUCUCUCUCUCAGACGCCAUCCAAGCAUCGCCGUCGUCGAUGUAAGGGACGAUGAGAGGAGCUACGACGGACACAUAUCGGGGUCUCUUCAUUACGCAAGCGACACUUUCUCCGAUAACAUCUCAAAUCUCAUUCAGGCAGUUAAAGGCAAAGACACUCUCGUCUUCCACUGCGCUCUAAGUCAGGUUCGUGGCCCAACUUGUGCUAGGAGGCUUGUCAAUUAUCUUGAGGAGAACAAGGAAGAUACUGGGAUAAAGAACAUUAUGGUCUUGGAACGUGGCUUCAAUGGGUGGGAAGCUUCUGGUAGACCCGUUUGCCGCUGCACCAAUAUUCCUUGCAAAGGAGAGUUGUCUCCUUAAUCAAAGACGUAUUUGUGGUUGGAUGGAAUUAUGGAGGCAUAUCAUCUUUCGUGUGAUAUGUGCACGCAUUUGUAUACAAAAUGUCAAAAACAGUAGGAUGACCACUAUGUUGCAUCAUUAUAUCUAGGUAAAAGCCUAUAAUAUAUCAUUGUAAACUUAAGUAAACUGAAUACCAUGUUUCUGUUUUUGUCUAUCACAUAAUAAUGUAAGAAAUCCUUCGAUGGAGACUGCCAAGAAUUACCAAGUUACCCUUUUUCUUUCUGAACAUCCCUAAUGUAUUAUAUAACAUAAUUUGACCAAUGA